CGGACGCACCGGAGCACGCAGAAGCCACGGAUCGUUACUUGUAGACAGGACUCUAAGGAAGCUCGUUAGGUUUAUUCCGGAACGGGACUAACGGAACACGGCGCCGUUUCACACUUUAACGGACCCUCUCGCUCUGGCACGAGACUGCGUCUGAACUCCGGUAAAAGCUCGCGCUGGAAUUCCGCCGAUAGCGUCAUCAUGGCUCGGUUCGGCUUCGGGCUCGCGCUACUGGCGCUCGCGGUGGGGCUCGCGCACGCGUUUGGGGACGAGGAGGAGAUGAGCUGCGACCCGAUCCGCAUCUCCAUGUGUCAGGAUCUCGGAUACAAUGUGACCAAGAUGCCGAACCUGGUGGGAAACGUGCUGCAGUCCGACGCCGAGCUGCAACUGACCACAUUCACACCGUUAAUACAGUACGGCUGCUCGAACCAGCUGAAGUUCUUCCUAUGCUCCGUCUACGUUCCCAUGUGUACGGAGAAGGUUCCCAUCCCGAUCGGCCCGUGUGGCAGCAUGUGCUUGUCUGUAAAGAGGAAGUGUCUUCCGGUCCUGCAGGAGUUUGGUUUUGUGUGGCCGGAGCUCUUGAACUGCAGCCUGUUCCCGCCCAACAACGACCAGAACCACAUGUGCAUGGAGGGUCCGGGCGACGAGGACCUGCCGUUUCACGCCGUCCGGCCGAUGCCGCCACAGGAGGAGGAGUGCAUGGCGCUGGGAGACGGCGUGGAGAAGUAUGCAUGGGUCAAGCGCAGCGGCAGCUGCUCGCUGCAGUGCGGAUAUGACACGGGAUUGUACCAGCGACAGUCCAAAGUCUUUACCGAUGUGUGGAUGGCAGUGUGGGCGGUUCUCUGCUUCAUCUCCACCACGUUCACCGUCCUGACCUUCCUAGUGGACUCCUCACGGUUUUCCUAUCCGGAACGGCCUAUUAUUUUCCUUAGCAUGUGCUGCAAUAUUUACAGCGUGGCCUACAUCGUCCGGCUGACCGUUGGUCGCGAGCGCAUCUCCUGCGACUUGGAAGAAGCGGCUGUGCCUGUGCUAGUGCACGAGGGGUUGAAGAACACAGGCUGCGCCAUCGUCUUCCUCCUAACGUAUUUCUUUGGCAUGGCGAGUUCAAUCUGGUGGGUGAUCCUGACGCUCACGUGGUUCCUGGCGGCUGGGCUGAAGUGGGGUCACGAGGCCAUCGAAAUGCACAGUUCGUACUUCCACAUCGCAGCUUGGGCCAUUCCCGCCGUCAAGACCAUCGUCAUCCUCAUCAUGCGGCUGGUGGACGCUGACGACCUUUCUGGGAUGUGUUACGUGGGCAACCAGAACCUAGAUGCGCUCACUGGGUUCGUAGUUGCUCCGCUAUUUACGUACUUGGUAAUCGGGACGCUGUUUAUUGCCGCCGGCUUGGUUGCGCUGUUCAAGAUCCGCUCGAAUUUGCAAAAGGACGGGACUAAGACGGACAAGCUAGAGCGGCUGAUGGUAAAAAUUGGCGUGUUUUCAGUGCUUUACACGGUGCCGGCCACUUGCGUCAUUGCGUGCUACUUUUACGAAAUCUCUAAUUGGGCUGACUUUCGCCAGUCGGCGAGUGAUUCGUACAUGGCAGCAGAGAUGCUGCGGAUUUUUAUGUCUCUGCUGGUGGGAAUCACGUCGGGAAUGUGGGUUUGGUCCGCCAAAACGCUUCACACGUGGCAGCGAUGUUCCCACCGACUCGUGCACACUGGGCGAAACAGUCGCGUCAAACGGACCGCCAACGGCUGGGUCAAACCGGGAAAAGGCAACGAGACUGUUGUGUGAUAAAGAGACGGAGGUGACAGAGGAUCGUUCAUUCACUUUUUUGCGAAAUGUUCUUAAGAUGAUCUUACACUGGACGGACCUGGUGCAGCAGUUUUUCCGUGUAAAUAUGCACUACGUCAAACUCUCACUGAAGUGCCUUCGUUUUUGUGGACGAGCUACUCAACCGAUUCUGGGAAACGUAGUUCUUUACUCCUCAGCGAUCAGCGCCAUUUACCUCGCAACACGUCACAGCUGCCGGAAUGCUUACGAGACUUGUUAAUGCUACGUUCACGUUGUAUUUGAAAUGAGAAAUAUUGAAGCAGAAAGUAAGUGUGCAAUGGCAUGUCAGAAUUAUGUGUAGAGGUUGCUAACUAACUUUAACUGUUGACAUUUUGCUAUCGUUUUACGUCUUGCACGACGUCACAAUGCUCAAGUGAGUUUCCGUGAAUGGUUUUUACAGGUCAAACUCAACAAAACGCGAACACAUUAUAAGUUAUUGUGCAGAGAUUUCCUUCACCAUUUAGUUACUGUCUAUUUUUGAUAUGACAAAGCUAUGAUGGGACUUUUGUUUUUGUGGUGGGGGGGUUGCGCUGUCAGACACACAUUCACUCUGAAUAUGACAUAUGACAAUCACUGACCGUGCCGUACGGGCCUCCCGUAGGGUCGAUGAAUGUAUUGACCGAUGAUAAACUCUUAAACCUUUAAAAAGUGCCUCAAAAACUCACAUGCAGGUGGUACAGUCCUGGAUUUCAUGAAGGACUUCUGGCUUGAUUUGUACAUAAACUGAUGUUUGUAGUUGUAAUGUUAUUUUUGUGUUAUGAAAUGCUAAUUUAUCUUUGUAAAAACUAAGAAACUGAACAAAAAUGAAUUUAUUUAAGAAUGCUUUUGUAUCAAAUGAAAAAUU